ACCAUACACACACACACUGCAUGCUCAAGUGCAAGACACAUACUUCUCUGAACUCCACACGCUCUGCCAGGAUCUUAAAGGAUAGUUUUAAGUGAGAGGAGAGUCAAAAGAUUCUAGGACAACAUUUCCACAAGUUAGAUUUCAGAAAAAAACCCACCUCUGCCUUGCAUUAAAUCGUGCCGUCCCACGAUGCCCUGGGUCACGGUGCUAAUAGCAACCAUAUCCUGCGCGCUGAUGAGACACGGCAACUGCCAAUCAAACUCCUCAGAGGACUUCCUGUUCUCUAGUGACCCAGUUGCCAUCCUGCUUCCUGACCUUCAUGCCACCCUUUCACCUCUGACCUUGAGUGAGGGUGUGAGCCCCGAACCUAAACCUGCCACUCUUGCCUCCUCUCACUCCUCAUCAACUCUCGUUUCUGGGAAUGGAUCAGUGCGUGCUCACCCUCUUCGUCCCCCACCAGCAUGUUUGCGCAGGACAUCUAUGAAAGUCGUGUUUAAGUAUGUGAACACAGUGCUGUCAUGUGUGAUCUUUGUGGUGGGUGUAGUGGGCAAUGCCACGCUUCUAAGGAUCAUAUGCCUCCACAAGAACAUGAGAAAUGGCCCCAAUGCCCUGAUCGCCAGCCUGGCACUGGGAGAUCUCAUCUACAUUGCCAUUGACAUCCCCAUCCACAUCUAUAAGUUGCUGGCGAUGAGGUGGCCAUUUAAUGACACAGUGUUUGGACUCUUCCUGUGUAAGCUCUUUCCAUUCUUGCAAAAGGCUUCAGUUGGGAUAACAGUGCUCAACCUGUGUGCCCUCAGUGUGGACAGGUAUCGUGCCGUAGCCUCAUGGAGCCGUGUGCAGGGUGUGGGAAUCCCAGCUUCGACUGCACUAGAGCUCAUGUGUAUCUGGGUGUUGUCUAUUCUUCUGGCUGUUCCUGAAGCUGUGGGCUUUAACAUGGUCAGCUUUGACCACAACAAUAUGACUGUACAGACCUGCAUGCUCAAGCCAGAGUCACAGUUUAUGAUUUUUUACAGAGACGCAAAGGACUGGUGGUUGUUCGGAUUUUAUUUCUGCAUGCCGUUAGCGUGUACAGCUAUCUUCUACACUCUGAUGACCUGCGAGAUGCUGAAUUACAGGAAAGGAAGUCUGAGAAUCGCCCUCAGUGAACACCUCAAACAGCGACGUGAAGUAGCGAAGGCUGUAUUCUCUCUGGUGCUAAUCUUCGCUCUGUGCUGGUUUCCUCUCCACCUGAGUCGCAUUCUGAAGAAAAUGGUUUACUUUCAGCAUGACGCUCAGCGCUGUGAUCUGCUCAAUUUGUUGCUGGUGCUUGAUUACUUCAGCAUAAACCUGGCGACUAUAAACUCCUGCAUCAACCCUAUCAUACUGUACCUCGUCAGCAAGAAGUUCAAAACCUGCUUUAAGUCAUGCCUGUGUUGUUGUUGUUAUUCGGGUUCUCUGCUGAGCAGCAUGGGGACCAGCACCCAGUACAAGAACCCUGACCUACAGAACGGCCUUACAGACCGCACAGCAUUGCGCAAGGACAGUUACAAUUGAGGGCACACACUUAAAGUAUCAUGAUGGUCCAAGAGCAACUGAUAACACACUGAGAUGAUGAACUCUGGCGGCAGAGAUGGCUUAAUAUUCGCAAAAGUAACUGACGUCUCAAAAUGCUUGAAAAAGACUUUUUUUUGCUUGUGCACAUCAGUUUAAAUUCUCAAAUACAAAGCGUAUGAUGUUUUGAUGCUGACUGACAUGUUGAUAGUAUUAUUGUAGAAAAUGCUAUAUUUUAUUAUAUUGAUGUUUUUAUAUUAUAUUUAUUCCGGUUAGAACUCUAAACAGUAACAGUAAGACAACAUCAUCAUAUACUUUUGCAAUAAGUUAUUUGGUGUUUCAUUUAGGUUGUAUUCACAUUAUAAGGUUGAACAUUGUGGGGUUUUCUUUUUUCAGAGCUGUGCAAAUAUAAAAUAUCCCCCCCCCCCCCCCCAAAAAAAUCAUUUCCAUCGUGCAAUAUCAACAGGAUGUAUAUCUGAUACACGGGUCAUGAAGUGUAGCUUAAAAGAAAUUGACUACAAAAACAGAAAAAGCUCUUUGCCUGGCUUCUGCAGUGAGCUGGGUUUCUUUAAAGAUCAUUGUGGGAAAGCGAGCCAUCACAUUGUAAAACUCUCUCUAGUAGUGAAGAGGAUCCUGACUUUUCACAAUGCUUUGAGCAAACUGCAUCAGCAUCAUGAUGGCUUGUAAGUAUUAUGUGCUGUUUUCAUGAUGCAUCUGGUUCCAUUCACUUCUGAAAUCAAAUGCAACAAAAUAUUUCGUCUGCAGCAUUAAUAUAGUUAACAUUUUCCUCUCACCAUGCCUAAUUGUCAUGAGUGACAUUCAAAGUUUCAAGAUUUUUACUUGGUUCGCUGUUAAUUAAUCUCAUCUCAUUAUCUCUAGCCGCUUUAUCCUGUUCUACAGGGUCGCAGGCAAGCUGGAGCCUAUCCCAGCUGACUACGGGCGA